AUGGCAAGCCCGAUGACUGGCAUGGGCGGGGGGAUGGGCCACGGCAACAUGGGUGGUAGUGCCGGCAUGAACGGCUCCAUGAUGGGGGGGAUGCAGGGAGGGAUGGGGGGCGGCAGCGGUGGCGGUGCGUUCCUUGCCGGCCCUGCGGCAGUACCGCAACGACCGGCGAAAAAGGUGCCCGACUGGUUGGUUCAGACCCUGAAAGAAAAGGAAAAGCUGGCAGAGAAGCAGAAAAAGAAGGAAGGCGCAUCCCUGUCGACGGAUGUGGCUACAGCUCUCUCUAGCGGGGCCGGCAACAUCAGCGGGUACAACCUCGUCCACUCCCCUUCCCCGUCGCCCCCUGACUCCCCGUCCGCCCGACGAACCAAGCCGAGCUGGCAGGAAGACGACAGCGACGACGAUUCCGCAGACGAAGCGUCGCCCAAGAGGGCAAACCGAGACAAGAGGGCAUCAAACGGGAGCGCCGCAGACGGCAGCGCAGGAGCUGGCACCCGCAACGGCAGCGCCAAGCCGUCCGGCAUUCUGAAGAAGGGCGGCACCAAGCAGCGGGGGGCAGUGGGCGGCCUGGACAGGAACGGGGACGACGCUACCGCGGAGGCGGACACGGCACCUUUGGUGAUGGAUGACGAGACCAGGGCGUCGUUCGACCGAGAGAUUCGACGGCUGCUGACGCAUCUGCUGAAGGUGGGGACGGCCAACAUCAUCCGCGAAGUGGCUUCCUCCGCAUUGGAGGAGGCUCAGGAUUCCGCUGCCGCUGCCGCCUCGCCGCAGGCCCGGCAGCAGCAGCAGCAGCAGCAGCCGAGAGUCAGACGGAAGGAGCAGCGAGAGCAAAAGAAAGCCGUUGGGGCUCUCAUCGGCGGGUACGGGUCCGAGUCUCCCUCCGAGAGCGAGGGCGACGCUUCCCCUCCGCCGCCUGCCGCUGCGCCCGCGCCGGCCACCACCGUUUCUGCCGACGCCAGCGCGGCGGCGGCCCCCCCUCCUGCUGUUGAGAAGAGGGCCCAUGUUAAGGUCGGCGGGAAGUGGCCGCUCCCUUCGUGGGCGGACCCGCCUCACGAGGCGCCGAUUCCCGAAGGGCUGUCCAUCGUCGUGGAAACGAUAGGGCCCGAUCUGGAACGGGUGAAAACACAGGAGCUGUCUUUCAGCACGACGGUGAUGGGCAGGUUCGAGGAGCAGUGCGGGUUCGUCGUGGAGGACGCUUCUGCCUCUCGGUGCCACGCGGCGAUCCUGUCUCCGACACCCCACCCAAGUUCAAGCAAGACCUGGUGGCCCUGGCGGCUACGAUAG